AUGAGUUGGUCAGGUUUUAAGAAGAAGAUAGAUCGCACUGGAACCAAAAUUUCACAGAAAAUUGGUACGAUCGAGAAAACGGUUGACAAAAAUUUCGAGGAAGAAGAACGCCGUUUUAAGAGUCUAGAAUCCAAAUCGGAAAAAUUGCACAAAGAAGCAAAGGGAUAUAUAACGUCUCUUCGUGCUAUGAAUGGUGCGCAAUUACGUAUCGCUGAAACAAUUCACCAGUUUUACGAAGAUUCAAUUGACAAUGAAUAUGCGGGAAAAAAAUACAAAGAGGCUAUUAGCGAUUUAGAACAGAAAUGCCGAAGCGAGUUGGAAGAACCAUAUGGUCAAACUGUAACACAGCCUAUUGGUCGUUUUUGUGCUUAUUUCCCCCACAUAAAUGAUGCUAUCAAAAAACGUGAAAAAAAAUUAUUGGACUAUGAUUCACAGCGUGCCAAAGUUCGCAAACUGGUUGAUAAGCCAUCAGAUGAUCCCAGUAAAUUAACAAGGGCUGAAGAAGUAUCAAAUAUGGCUCGAGAACUUUAUGAGUCAUUGAAUAGUCAAUUAAUAACCGAAUUGCCUAGGUUAAUUGAUCUUAGAGUUCCAUACCUGGACCCUACAUUUGAGGCGUUGGUAAAAAUUCAGCUCAAAUUCUGCCAAGAAAGUUAUGAUAGUUUGAGUCCUUUGCAAGAUUAUUUUCCCCCUAAUGAAUCAGCACCUGUGGACAGCAGAGUUGACGAGGUUUUACAAAAAAUGAAAGAUUUGGCUAUUUGUGGAAUGGGUUAA